AUGGCACCCGGAACAGAUGAACAAGGUGGAGGUCUCCGGGUGAACCCAGCGUACCUAGAGCAAGGCCAAGUCAACACUUCGUAUUCAAGCGCAGCAACAAGCAGCAGCAGCGGACAGCGACGGGCGACGCACAGCAUCAGCAACAACUCGGCACAGCGACGCCAGUAUUACAAGGAGAGAGACCGGAGGCACACGCUAGCGUCGCACACACCGACGUUGGCAUCGUAUGGUCAGAGGCCGACCUCCAAUGAGCAGAAACGAGAGUUGUUUAUGGAAUAUCUGAAGCAGAAGUACCCAGAGCACUCGGACACGAUUGAAAUGGCCAAGCAACCUGAGCAGGAUUCCUUGACAUUCUCCAACGGUUUCUACGACGAUGACGGGACCAUGUCAGAGAUGGACACCCAAGCCACGGGCUUCCAACGAGGGGGCAGGGUCAGGGCUAGCCUGCCCAUCUCCAGGAAUGUCGUCAAUAAAUCCAAAGAAAAACCACUGGGCCUUGUAUACCUCAACUACAUGAGCGAAACCAAGCGCGCCCUGAUGCCCAACGAGGUGACCGGCAUCGACACGGUCAAGGCGCUCUUCGUCCGCGCGUUUCCGCGGAAACUCACCAUGGCAAUGCUGGACUCACCACAGAGGAAAAUCUACAUCCGGGACGACGCCACCGAGAUCUUCUACGAGCUGGAAAAUUUAGAUGAGGUUAAAGACCGAGUCAUCUUAAAAAUCUACGAGCCGGGCUUCGUGGAGGAUACCACUCUAAACAUCCGUAGCUCCACCUCCACCCCUCUGGACCUCAACGUCUGCUCGGACUCGGAGCUUGCCGACAUCGAGCUGCCGGACUUCAGGGAGAGGAACUACAAGACCAUGGGGUCCAAACCGGCCGGAGCCGGCCCCAACCGGUUUGAUCCGCAUAUGAAGCGGCCCAAUAGCACCACACCUAUGGAUAUGGGCAACAGGAGAAUGCAUCACCAGCAGGCUCGAGCCAACACCAGCAUCCCCCUGCGUUCCCCGCCCAACAACGAGCCCUUCCAGCGAGGCGCCCCGGAGCGCUCCACCGCCCCCGUCCAUCCCUCCCAAGGCCCCUUCCCCAGGGGCAGCCCCCAGCGCCUGAGCAGCACCACCCUCCCGCGCCAGCAGGAAGGGCGCAGGACCCCCACCAAUGGGCGCAGCCUGACCAUGCCCAGGCAGGGGGAUAGAGGGCGGGGUCAGGGCUACAGACCCCGCCCAGAGCACGGCGGAAGGCAGGAGGAACAUCGGAUACAGAGCACUGUACAGUCGACUACCAUGGCAUCAGGGCCAGGGCAGGACCCAUCCAGGCACCCCUCCAUGGAGCGCCAGAGGGACCCUAACCACCCAGACUACCACCCUCCCCGAGCCAGCACGCCCCAGCAACAUGGCAACGCUCGCACCCUGGACCGAUCCGUGGGUCCCCCUCGAGGUCCGCCACAGCGUACCCAAGACCCCAAUGGGGCACCACCUCCCCACAGGGAGGGCCCCAGGGGUCAGCCCUCACCCCAGGGUAGCCCAGUCAAGGCCCCUCGGGGUGAGAUGCGGGCGGAAGGUCCACCGUAUCCAAGGCAAUCGCCGCACCCUGAGAUGCAGGGACGAUCGCCGAGCCGAAACUCGAGUCAAGGAAUGAGGCAACCCCCUCCAAAUCACAUGCAGCACCCGGGCCCCAACAGACCCCACGACAGAACCAUGGAGAGACCCCACGACAGAUCAGUGGACAGACCCCACGACAGAUCCAUGGACAGACCCCAUGACCGACCCCAUGACAGAACCAUGGAGCGGCCCCGUGACAGAUCCCUGGACAGACCCCGCAGCACACCCCCACACCGUAUGGAGCACAGGGGACUGGGUCCCCCGCCAGCGAAGCAUCCCCACCCCCCUCAGGCCAACGUCAGAGAGGUAGAGGCGAGGAUAGUCAGACAGGGUCAGGUUUCGUCCUUGGCAGCACCUGAGACUGAGACCUCAGAAAGGAUCUCUGCCAUGGAGCAGCAGAUAGCCAGCCUGGCUGGUAUGGUGCGCUCAGCUCUCAAGCCUGGCGAGCAGCCACCGCGAGGGCAGCAGAUGCCCCAACAGCAGCCUCCGCGAGUGCAGCAGAUAUCCCAACAGCAGCCCCCGCGAGGGCAGCAGAUAUCCCAACAGCAGCCCCCACGAGGGCAGCAGAUACACCAACAACAGCAUCCCCCGCGAGGGCAGCAGAUACCCCAACAGCAGCAGGCCAAGACCCCUGUACAGACUCCCAACCGUAGCAAGAGUGAACUGACUGGCUUGAAUGAGGAGAUCAUCCGGGCAACUCAGAACCAGAAGACAUUCACAGCUGUGGACAGCUACAGAGAUGGAACGGACAGUCAGUCAGUAACCCCUCAGCCCAUGAACGGCAGAGAGCUGCGGGAAACAACGCUGAAUCUCAAGCACACAGUCAGGGACCUGAGGGACCAGCUCAAGCAGAUACGCAAGCUGCAGCUCAAUAUGGUCCAGGACAUGAAUGUGGCCUUCAGGGCCACCAACCGGAGGGUGCAACUGGCCUUACAGACCACUCCGGCUGGUAACGAGCAUCCUAUCAGGUCACUGCGGACUAGGACACACCAGGACUACGUCAAGUACCACAUGAGCCGAGACAAGUUGGACAAAGAAAUCAGAGACUUGGAAUCGGCUGUGGAAGAGAUGCGCGACGAUGUCGUCAACCGACACUGCCACGUCAAUUUGGCCGAAGUGGACGCCCUGGCCCAAACCAUCGGCAACAGCAGCAAGCACAUUGCUGAACAGAAAGUUGCUUUCCCAGUCCUGGCUGACAAGAUGAAAGGUGUGAUGCAGGGAGAGAUGGAGAUUGUCGUCAAUGAAGAAAAUUUCAUCAAGGAAGAGCCAGGCAAACUGGACGACUACAUGAAACGCUGCAAGAAGGUCACCAAUACUCUCUGCACACUAAAGAGGCUUGCCUCAGUUCAAGAACACCGGACCCCAGUGGUACCAGUCUUUGAGCAGACCUCCCAGCCAGUCAACCGAGUAAUGGAGACCAUCCAGAGCAUCUCUCCUAACCACGAAGAGAGGGUUAAGAACCUACAGACUGCCACUGCGUCUCGGGAUCGCAAGCGCCCACUCAACACAGCCCAGGAGCUUCACCGUUUCCAGAUGGAUCUUGGCAAGGGCCGCCGGUCCCUCAAGAGGACCCAAAACCUGGACCGGAUCAACCAGCGACGGAGGGCCAAGCUGCGGGAGCUCUACCAGAGCGAGGAGCACGAUGCCAUGACCCCAAUCCUGACACCAGAGAAGAUGGCCAAACAGGGGAAAAAGAAGACUCCACCUCCCCCGCCGCCAAAGAGGACCCAUCUCUCCCAGCAGGCAGUGGCUUCUCACUCGCCAACGUCUCCCGUGACUCCAGGAGGUACAGCAUCAGGACCCAACCUGACCCCGAAGCCCAAAUUAGUGGUGACCACAUCUGACGACAAUGGCGAAGCUGUUCCGGUCGUCCCGCCUAAGCCGGCGAUGAUGGUGCCCAAGAAGCUCCCGCAACAGGUGGAUGCUGAUUCUAGUUCUGCACGUUCUGCCCCAGACCUUAGUUCAUGCAUGAUUAGCACGUGUAGUGUGAAUUCCGAGUGCCUGGUCAGUCCCAUUAAGGGCCAAACCCAGCCAUCGUGUGCUCUGUCCCCCUCAGGUUUUAAGAGUGAGCCCUUGCUUGCCAUCUCAGAGAUUGUCCCGAAUAGCAUGACUAAUCCGAAACAGGAGAUCCAGGCAGUUAAGGGAGUUGGUAAGCCUUCUGGAAACAAUUCUCCCCGGCAUGUUUCUCAUCCUUUACCAGGAACUGUCAUGACCUCCCAGAGUAUGCAGAUGAGGUCACAGGGUGGUCAAGCAGCGCCCCGGCCUGGACUGACCUCUCCCAAAGGUGUGACCUCCCCUCGGGGGGUGGUGACUCCAGAGGGAGGGGUCAUGCUGUCCCAGGGGGCGGUGAUGAUCGCCAAGAGUGGGUCCGCUACCUCCCCUGGCCUGGCAACAACCCCGCAGCGCCAGGCACCAGUCCGCCUCCUGAGUUCCAGCUCCCAGGCCAGCCCUACCAAGACCAACUCCCCAACAUCUCCACAAUACAAACAAUCGGGCAUCCCUGUUCUCAAACAAGCUCAACAUUCCAUCAGGGUCCAACAAACGACCAAAACAAAGGUCAUUGAAGGAGUUAACCAGAGUAUGCCCUCUUCCAAAACACGAACCCUUCCAAGUAGUCCGCCAAGAGAUGUGCUAACCCAGCGGCGGUCCAGCGUUCCUUCAGCAAUGGAUAUUGCACCCCCACCGAAGCCCCCGAGGGGAUGCAUAGAUGCCCCAAAAGAUCCAACAGAUGCUCCACCCCCCUCUGCCUUUCGCCCCCUUGCCAUUCCAGGCUGGAAGGAGACCAGUUUAGAUGAGUUGCCUCAGAAGAAUAAACCACGUCGGCACACGGUUACACUCCCUCAGCAUCCCAAGCGCAAUGGGUGGGCACCACCAGUCACUGAUCAUCCCGUUAACGGCUCAGUACAAAAACCUCAGCCUGGUCCCAGGAGCACAUCUCUACCCCAGCAGAACGGCCCUCUUGACAGACGUGAUGUAAUUAAUGAACCAAAAGCAGCUCCUGCUCAAAGGGGUGUCUUGAGCAAAUCUCAGUCAGGGACAGAUGGUCAACUCAAUGCAGAAAAGCGAUCCUCCUUGCAGAGGCAGAAUUCUGACCCAGGAUCCCGCCCGGUUGUCACAAUUGUCGACAAAAAGGGAGCCCUCAAAAUCCAACAACUGAAGGAGCAGUAUGCCAAGCUCCGGAAGCUCCAAGAGGAGCAGAAGAAGUUGGAGCAGCAAAGCCCAAAGAAAAGCCCCUCACAACCAGAAGCCACUCAGCCAGAGCAACCUGUUAGAGAAAGCACGUCAACUGACUUGCAAGCCAAGACCCCACCCUCAACAGCCUUAGAGGUUGAUGUCUCAUACAGCCAAGGGGAAACGUCCAGGACGGAGGACCAAGAUGAGGGCUCCAGCUACACCAAACAGACUGUAGUCUACCGAGCGGGCCCCAAACCCUACAGAACGGACGACAGGAAACUCAGCGGGUCAUCUCUGGACGACCUGGAUAAUACAACAACCGUGAUCACCACAACGAAAAGAGAAAUUAUUGCGGAUAGCAUCCCCGUCACCAAUGGUGUGGUCCACCAGCCGGUCUUCUCCCAGUUCAAAGUGCAUGAGAUGGCCCCGCGGAACUUUGCAACCAAGGCCAAACCGGGGGUGUCCCCAAACCCACAAGUGACGGUGGUGAACGGUAACGGUAUUGAGGAUAAACCCUCCCCUAAACCCAACGGCGAGACGACGACUAUUGAUGUAAAAAAGCCCAGUUCCGAAAAGGAGGCGGUAAUCCAAAAUGGAGGAGGGAAGCAACCACUUACAAACGGGGGGAGUGAUGUCGUGGAGGGGCAAGGAGAACGGGUUAUUGAGAGGACAGAGACGGAGGUUAAGAGGUUUAACGCCGUCAACGCCAAUCUAAACGGGAAACCGGAACUGAAGACAGUCUACACCAAGAGACUGGAGGAAACAUUCAUCUUUUAGACAAACAAACAAACCUCUUAGACUGGAGUCCUGUCCUCAUAACGCACGUGUACAUGAGGACAGGCAACGGCCUCAUGCUUCUGAUAUCUUAUUGGUUGCUAUGCAUCUUGGCUGUGACACCUCCCCUUAAUGUUGAUUGCCCUACUUCUCAUGUGCACUCAUGCGUCUCGCUCAUUGCCGCACCUCAUUGGUACAAGGGUAGAUAUUUAAAUUAGGUUGACCCCUACGUCAAAGGUCAAUCUGACAAUUGACAAGCUGGUCGGUAUCAGACUUUAAAUGGCUUUUUGGAGUCCGCGUUCGGACCAACACACUCCAAGCUGUUAUGCAAUCCUUUCAAGUUCAUAAACUGCCCAGGAAUUCGGGCAAUGAUAUUUAUACUAUUACAGAACCUAAAAAUGUAUUUAAAAAAAACGGUUUUACUGAACACUUAAAAACCCUUCGAAAUAAAUAUAUUUUCUUAAGUGAGAUUUAAGUAAGCUCUUUUUGGAAAACAAAAGAAUAUUUAUCAAUAAAAAAUUGGGGAAAAAAAUCUGUUUUCAUAUUUAUUCAUCCCCAACAUGAUAAUUUGUCGCAAAAAUUGUGUCCAUCUCAGAUCAAAAUAAUAUGCAUAACAUCUCUUCAGUAUUCAAAUAUAUUUGUCCUAAUUAAGAUAAAGUAUGUAAAUUAUGUACAGAGCAGCAUGAAUAUUCAGUAGAUGUGGUAUCUUAAGUUAUGCAGAGUUGUACUGCCUUUCCAAUUUUCAUACAUUUGCUUAGUUGGUAUGCAAUCUGUUUUAUAUUGAUUUUUGGAGGUUUUGUGUCGAGUGUUUUUCUGUGAGAAUGGAGUGCCUUUAAACAUCCAACCUAAACAAAAAAAAUAAUAAAACAAUAAUAAAUAAAUGAUGAUCAGUUUCUCUGUAGAACCAUUACAUCCAGAAAGAAGUUCUCUUUUGAUCAAUUGUAAAAAAAAAAAUGCAGUUAAAAAUGCAAAAACAUAAGCAACGGGUGAAUAUAUUUUAUUUGCAAAAAUACAGUGUUGUGGUGAAGAUACAGUUGGUUUCAUUCGCAAUGCAUUUUCUAGAUUGGUGUCUUCCAGACGUUAUCAAACCAACAGGGAGUCGUGUUUCUAUUAGCUCUUCUCUGAUUGGCUGAAUAAGACAUUCAUGGGGCAUUUGUUCUCUUCUCAUCCAAUCAUUGAGAUUGGUAUUUCUUGUUUACCGUUCUGUGAUUGGCUGACGUUCAUUUUAUUCCUCUCAUCCAAUCACACCAAAUAGUAGUUUGCUGUUCCCCGAUUGGUUGAUUUGUAUUUUCACUGGGGGCAGCCAUCUUUGUUUCUGCCGACCUCCAUUCGCGAGUAUGCAGUUCGUGUCUUUGCGAAGUACCAAGUUGAAACCAAUGAUUUCAGGCACCAUUUGAAAGAAAUUUUCCAACUCGGAAGUAAAUUCAUUUGUAAAACUAGUCAUAGAAGGAUACGGACUGUUUCAGAAAUGCAAGUAAGUAUUGGAUUUCGUAGAAAAGUAGGGCCUAUAUUUUAGAAAACUCACGUGAAUUAUUCAUGUAUUGAUUGCUGGCAAUUAUUUUUGUGUUUGUUCACACACAACCAAAACGUUUGGGGGGGGGGGGAAGCAGAGAGCUAAUGAUUGCUGUAAGUAAAUUCGGUUACUAGUUUAUAUUGUACAUAGAGUUUGAUGAAGUUUAUGAUAGCACUGUGUAAAUCUUACUGGUCCUGUUUAUAGUAUAGAGUUAUUCGGCGAUUUUGGAAGUAAUUUAGUUAAUGAGACUUGAGUGAUAUAUGUUGGAGUUGAUCUUACAAUGAGUGCGGUGAAAUUCAGAUUAAGUUCAAUACAACGGCUCAGUUGGAGAGUUAUUAAACAUUAGCCGUUUCGGACUACAUUUUUCAUAAAUUCACAUGCACAGUGAAUUGGUUCUUUAUUGAACAAGAUUCACUCAAACGAUUUACAUUGGAAGAGAAAGUUCAUAUCCAACCUACGGCUUUUAAUGAGCAAUAAUUAUUGUACUCUUUCCAUCCCAAUGACAGUGGUAUUCCAUAUGCAGCUGCAGUACACUAUGCAUUCUAGCAGGUAUUCUGUUUCAGCUGUUCAUAUGUUUUGUGCCUGGCGUAUUACUUUAUACCUAUAGCAGCUUUUCACAGCUUACCCUGCUAGCCACAGAAUUUCAUGCUUACGAUCACCAUUUCGUGCUAACAACAGUGCUAGCAGAAAAAUUACAUGUACAAUGUAUGUGCUAAUCCUAUCCUGUGAGCACAGAAUCAUAUCCUUAGUUACGGGAAUUACGCAUGCGCAUAAGCCAAACUUCCUUGCUAACCCGUGAAAUACGCUUACCGUAAGUACAGACUUGUUUGCUGCAGUAAGCGGGAAUUUUUCGCUAACGGUAAAACAGAGCCAUGAAAUUGGGCCAUGUUGUCAACCAUUAAUGUAAGUUGUAUCUGGCAUGUUUGAGAUUGCCUAUCUGCCGAUAGGUUUGGCAGACAGUGCAUACAUGCAGGGCUAACUGGUCAAGGUACUGAAGUGCUGCUAACAAAUUAGCUUAGCACAGAAAGAGUACGCUUAGCAGGAAAACUGAUUAACUUUAAUAUGUAAAACAUGAUUUGAACCCUGGUUCGUAUUCAUUCAAUACUUUUGAUUUAUUUGGGCAAUAAUAUUGAAUUUUUUUCAAGGAGUGUUAUUUCUUAAGUAUUCAAUACAGUGCCUUUUUUGCUCUGACAAAUCUUCCACAACUUCAAAUACCUCAGCAAAUAGUCUCUUCACAAAUCGGACUGCAACAUUAACAAACAUCAGCUGAAAUUGUUCAACUGUAAAUAUUAUAAAUAAACCGAUUUGAAAAGCAAAAGUUUGUAUUAUAGAUAUUUCUGGAUUUACCAGAUAUUUUGUGGUGUUUGAGUAGGUAUCUAUUGAAAUCAAGUGUAGAAUACUGUGUAUUUCUAGACCCAGGUCCACGUUUUAUUUGAUUUUUAUAUUCAUAGGGUAUUCUGUUUUGUACUUUGUACGCAUGGCAUGCAGCAAUUUCAAGUACAUGUUCUGUAUUCGGGGUUUUGGGCGUUGGUGUAUUGUGUAUGGAUAUAUUGUACAAACGCAAUUUGGUAUGUUGUUGAAAACUGCAGAAUGUUUGGGUUUUUGAAAGGCUGCAUUUUUCAAAGUUUUUUUUGACGGCGGUACCGCGGUACGUGAAUGUCAAAAGCUGUAUAGAACUAUGCAAUUAUGCUUUGUACUGAGAACUGGGUAUUUCUCCCUUUUUUCGGCGAGUUUCUGAAUGAGAGUUCGCUUCAAGAGUGGCAUUUUAAAUAACUUUUCCCAAAUUUCAUCGAGAUUUUUUUAUAAUGGCCUUGCAUAGGUUCAGUUUAUUCUGAUGUUUGUUUAUGGGAGAAGCUAGACUAAUGGGAUUCUUUUUAUUUACAUACUUUUUCUUGCAACUCAGUGUUAUGUAUGUGUCUUUAGUAUCAACUCUAAAACACUUUAAUUACAAAAUAAAGUUUAUUUUGUUAUUCAGUUUCAUUUGGGAGGGUAAGCACAAUAUUUGUUUCUAGAACAAAGGAUUUUGUUUAUAUUAUGGAAUAGGUGGAUCUAAUUUGUGUGUAAAAAAAAUACCAAAAAUGAUGAAGUUAUCUGCUUCAUUCUUGCUUUGUGAAAACGCACGAUUUGUUUAACAAAAGGAGAUAUGGCAUUUGAGAGUUUGUUGUUUUUUCGGAAUUUACUGUACAGAACGUCUAUUUAUUCAACUAAACUGAUUAAAGCUGGGCGAAUUACGAGCGCGGUAGUCUAACGUAGACACAUCAGCGAACUUGAACGAAUCCUGAAGAACAAAUAAAAAGAACUAUAAAACCGAAGUGAAGAUAAAAUAGGAACGGGUCUCGUUGUUGUGAAAGAGGUCAGCAAAAUAAAUGAGUUGUAGAAUAAAACUGCGUUUAUGGCAAUC